AUGUGUUACUACGGAAGCUACUAUGGUGGCCUAGGCUGUGGCUACGGCUGUGGCUAUGGUGGCCUGGGCUGUGGCUAUGGCUGUGGCUAUAGUGGCUAUGGCUCCCUCUGCUGCCGCCCCCUGUGCUGUGGGAGGUACUGGUCCUAUGGCUUCUACUAA